AGAUGAGGUUGACGAGCGAGGCGGAGGAUCUGGCGAGGGCGACGGAGCAGGAGCAUGUGCAGCUGAGGUCCAAAGAGAAGGCUGUAAGGGCUGCGGAGGAGAGGGCGGCGGCGGAGGAUCAGAGGAGGGGGAGGGAGGCGGCGGAGAGCAAUGUGAGGAGGCUGCAGGCGGACGUGCAGAGCGCGCAUGAUCAGAUCGCCGAGGUUACGCAGCAGUUCCUUGCGAUGCAGCGGGCGAAGGACGCGCUGGAGACGGAUCUGGCGCGGAUCGCGGACGAGACGGAGGCGUCGUCUACUAGUGCGGCGAAUAAGGCGUCCAGGGAGACCGAGGCGCGGAUCGCGAAGCUCGAGAGGCAGUUGGAGGAGGCGAAUAUGGCGCGCGAUACGGCCCAGCUCACCCGCGAGCAUAUCGACAGGCAGCACGAGGAGAUUCGCAAGCUUGUUAUGGCGCCAGGCUCACACGACGACACGUUCCGCGAUAGACUGCUCCGCGAGAUUGCGAGGUCGGAAGAGCAGAUCGAUAGCGAGAUGCGCGCGAGGAAUAUCCCUGUUCCGGGUAUCAAGUCGACCGUUACGCCUAGCUCGAAGCGCGCGUCGACGAACGGGACCGUGCGCGAACGUGUACAGUCGCUGUCGAGUGCGUCGCCUACGCCCGGGAGUCCGAGGAAGAGCGGUGGGAGCGCGGAGGUCGCGUCGCUCAAGCAGCAGAUGCAGGUGCUGGAGAUCAAGAUGGCCGCGUCUGAUCGCGUACGGCAACAUCUUGAGUCUUCGUUGCGCGAGUUGACUGCUGAGCUGGACAACUCUGAUGGAUCCAAGGCGAGCUUGCAAGCGUACCGUUCUCGGUUGGCGAAGGAGAACACGCGUCUGGGCGAGCUCUUGUCGGACGAAGCGGAAGCUCGUCGUGCUGCACAGCAGGCCCAGCUCACUGGUGUACAAGAGAUGUGGACCAAGUUCCAGAGCCAACUUGAUGCCGAACGCGAGAACUACGCGCGUCUGGAGGAGAGCCGAAAGGCGCUCGUCGUGCAGCAGAAGAACGCGCAGCUGGAGGCUGAGACGCAUAAGCGUGCGAAUGUCGAGCUUGCGCAGACCAAGAAGAAGCUGCAGCAUGAAAUCGCGGAGUUGAAGGAUCGGCUCGAGUCGGAGACGCUUGCGAAGAAGGAAGAGACCAUGUCCAAGCGUCAAGCCCUUCAACGUCUUCAGGAUCUUGAGGUCGCGUCUACUUCAUCUUCAAGUGCUCAGUCAGAGCUGCGCGACGCUGUCGAGGCUUUCAAGACCAAGGCAGAGACCUACCGCAUCCGACUCGAGGAGCUCGAGAUCGACAAGGUCAAGCUCGAGCGCUCCGAGGCUGUCUUCAAACGUUUGUUGGCCGAUCAGGAGAACACCCUCAAUGCCACCGCUGCUGAACGUGAUGGUCUUGCUCAACGGCUCAAGGAUGCUGAGAUCCGCGUACAAGAGCUUGAGUCUCGCAUGGAGGAGAUCCACGGCGAGAGCGCAGACAUGGUCGUCUUGCGGAAGCGCCUCGCAGAGGAGAUGGAGGACGAGCGCAAGCAGUUCGAGAAAGAGCUUGCGGAUCGCGACCAUGCUGCCGACAUGACCCGCACCAAGUCGUCUGUAAUAUCAAGACGACACUUCGUUUCAAGGACCAAGAACGUGUAUCUCAGCACCUCCUCACGUCGACCCUGGCUAUGCGCAGAGCUGGUACCUUCUUGGCCGCGCAUUCGUUGCUGGCCAGAAAUACAACAAGGCGUACGGCGUACGAGGCGUACGAGGCGUAGCAGCGGAUGGUCUGCUACAAGGGCCGUCACCCAAUGCUCUGGUGCUCUAUCGGUGUCAAUCUGUUCCCGGAUUGAUCAGUACCACGACGCACUCGACACCUACUCGCGCGCCAUCCGCAUCAAUCCACAUAGUCCCGAAGGCGCCUACACUACAGGACGUGCAUCCAAUAUUGUACGACAACCCGACUCUGCCUGUGCCUGGCCCGUCGGGCGCUCUGCCUCCUUUGCACAUUAG